UUAAAUCCAAUAUAUAACAUAUUCAUAAUCAAAUUCACCUAAGCGAUAUCAUUUUAUUUGAAGGCUAGAAAUUUUAUAACUGAUACUGAUUAAAUCCAGUUGUAGAGGCGGGCAUGCCAUCAAAAUUCACAACGUCACAAACACAUGCCGGAAAAGCUGUGAACAGCAAACAAAACAAGAAAAAACAGAAAAUGGCGGCCUCCGUUGCUCCCGCUCCUUCUCUGAAAUUUUCUCUGCUUCCAAGCCAAGGGUCGAACUUAGUCGCAACUUGUGGAUUGUCAUGGCGACAGCAGGAGCGACGAUCAAGAAGAAUGGCUGGCCGUGUUGCAAUAACAUCAAAACUCGAGCUAAAGCCGCCUCCAUAUCCCAUGGAUGCAUUGGAGCCACACAUGAGCAAGGAAACAUUUGAGUAUCACUGGGGAAAGCAUCACAGGGCCUAUGUAGACAACCUCAACAAGCAAAUCGAUGGGACGGACUUUGAAAACAUGUCACUGGGAGAUGUUGUGGUUGUUACAUACAACAAGGGAGAUGUGCUCCCAGCUUUCAACAAUGCUGCCCAGGCUUGGAACCAUGAGUUCUUCUGGGAAUCCAUGAAGCCAGGAGGUGGAGGAAAGCCGUCGGGAGAGCUUCUGAAGUUGAUCGAAAGGGACUUCGGUUCUUUCGAGAAGUUUGUGCAGGAGUUCAAGGCAGCUGCAUCUACCCAGUUUGGUUCUGGAUGGGCUUGGCUUGUCUACAAAGCAAACAGGCUUGACGUUGAAAAUGCAGUAAACCCUAUUCCGUCGGAGGAGGAUAAAAAGCUUGUGGUGGUGAAGAGUCCAAAUGCUGUAAAUCCCCUCGUUUGGGAUUAUGAUCCUCUUCUGACUAUUGAUGUUUGGGAGCAUGCUUACUACCUCGACUUUCAGAAUCGACGACCUGACUACAUAUCCACUUUCAUGGAGAAGCUAGUGUCAUGGGAAGCAGUGAAUGCGAGACUUGAAGCAGCGAAAGCUCGUGCGUCUAAGAGAGAAGAAGAAGAUGAGAUGAAGAAAAGGGAGGAAGGUGACAUUGGUGACAGCCAGCCAGUAGAGAUGUAUGUAGAUGGUGAUGGUCAGGACGACGACUCAGACGAUUAGUACUUUCGUAUUUCGAAUGAUGGCUUUGUGUAAGGACCAUCACAUUUUCAAUGAGAUUUGCUUUAGUUUCCAGUUCUGUAGAUUAUGAACUUCCUAAUAGUAUUAUAUAGUACACAUUAAAAACUAAGAAACACA